GUACAUUUUCUUCAUCUGAUAAUCUCGAGCCAUGUCUCCCAUGCACCAAAUGUCCCUCCAGCGUCCCAUCUACGGCGGUCUGCUCGGCCACUCAAGACACUCAGUGCGAAUGCGACAGCGGCUACUUCCUGUUACGGGAAUAUGGUCUGUGUGCUCCUUGCUCCAAAUGUUCACGUGGGGAGGGCGUUGUUCGGGAGUGUGGACCCCAGGGUGACACCAAGUGCAAGACGUGCGGCUCAGGGACCUUUAUAGAGGACAGCAGCGGAACCAAGCCGUGCCAAAACUGCACCAUAUGCUCUGAGAACGAGGUGGAGAUCCGAGCCUGUCUGCCUAUUUCAGACACUCUGUGCAUGGACAGAAAAUUGCACAUUCUGUCCCGCCCUGAGUCCGAUGCCCCCCGGAGGCCGAAUUUGAAUGAAGUUAUUGAUGAGGAGGAUGUCAGCCAAGCCCCCGGGUCGCCUAAGUUCACCCCUCAAGAGGAGAGCAACAGCAGCAAUAACAUUCUGGUGUAUGUGUCCGUGCUGGCCGCUGUGGUGCUGGGGCUGCUGGUCUACGUGGCGUAUAAAUGCUGGAGAACCUGUAAGCAGAAGAAGGCCCUGACUAAAGCCCGCGCUGCAGAGAUGGGGACGUCCACAGAAGCAGAGAAGCUGCAGAGUGACAGUGGAGUGUUUCUAGAUUCGCACAGCAUCAUGGACAACCUGCCCAGCAAAGGCACGAAGAGGGACAGCAAACUGGACAACCGACUGUACGUGAACCUUCCCCCGCACAGACAGGAGGAGCUAGAGAGCAUGCUGCAGGAGGGAGGGCCCGGCUGGAGGGAGCUGGGGGUGGCCCUGGGCUACGAGAGUGACCAACUGGAGCUGUUUGGACGAGGAGAAGCGCCUGCCCACACGCUCCUCUCCAACUGGGCCCAGAAGGAGGGCUCCACACUGGGACUCCUGAGCUCGGCUUUGGCCCGGAUCGAACGGGCGGAUGUGAUGACCGCACUGAUGACGCCUUCGCAGGGAGUCUCUGUGGUCUAACGCCGUGCUCCUCAAACUUUUCACACAACUCCCACCUGAGAUCAUAGUUGGCCCUCUGAGUACCACCAGAUCUAAACAUGGACUUCAUCAGGUCUGAAUUAGGGCUUAAUCAGGUCUAAAAUGAUUAACCAAAAGGAGGAGAAAAGCUUUUAUAGAUUUAUCUCUAAAUAAAAUACUGUAGAGGACCCUGUGUACCACCAAAGGGAGCCUGCGUAUGACUAGCUGUACCACAGUUUAGACCAGAAACCCUGGUCUAGAGCGAGAGAGAGCGCAGAGACUGAACUGCACUGACAGGAGCCGCUUUACCUGUCACUAAAACACAACACCUUUGAAUGGACAAACAAGCUGUAAAGGAAAUACAGUUUAAACAAGUCAGACUCAUGCUGCUUGAACUCGACAGCGCUGCGGUGGAGAACUCGACAGCGCUGCGGUGGAGAACAUUCUCUUGUCUCGUCUGAAAACAGCUGAGGACCUUGUAUGAGUCAGUGGAGCAUUCUCUGUGCCCAUAACACUGAAGAAACAGAUAAUUCACACAAGUGCGAUUCAGUUUGUAUGUGAUUUUAACAGUAAUCAGUUUUAGUUCCUGCCUGCUGUCCGUGUGCUUUGUAACCCUCGAAAUGGCCUUGUUUAACGAGCCACAACCCAAACCACUAUGGAACAGUUUUAUUUUCCAAAUUCUCUUUGUUCAAUGGUACUGUCUUUGCAUUUCUACAAACUGCUAUGAUAUUUGAGAGAAGCACAGUCAAAAAAAGACUGAAGACGCACAGUGUAAUUUGUCUGGUUGCGAGGGUCCGCUGCUUGCUUGUCUCUCUGGAGAUGUUAUUGAU